AUGCCGAUGUUAUGCCGUUUUUUACUUAAAAACAAAACAGCAAUGUAUAGGUUCAACCUAAUAUGGACGUUCCAUUUACUACUGAAUAAGCUUCUGCGCUGGGACGUUGGGGAGACGAUAGGCGCCGGAUGUCCAGAGUGAGUGGAGGAGAGGGCGUGGUGGCAGCUGGGAUACACCCACUUCCUGCGCAGAAACGUUCCCGCGCUGGGAGAGACCGGGACGCCGGCUCCGCUGCACCGCAAUCCAGGCCGACGCCAGUCUGGCCACGCCCCGUUUGCAGCCGCCGUAAAGCUCGGCGUCCUGGCCACGCCUCUUCCCGCGCCUCUUGUGACGCAGGCGCCCUGGGCGUUUUGCGCGGGAAAAGGAAGCAGGCCGGAGCCCUAGCCGGUGCCGCUGGGGCGGGCUGUUUUGCCGGAGAGCUCCGCUUGCGCCUUACCGUUGCCGGCCAUGGGGUUGCUGGAGCUGUGCGAGGAAGUGUUCGGCACCGCCGACCUUUACCGGGUGUUGGGCGUGCGACGCGAGGCCUCAGACAGCGAGGUCCGACGCGGCUACCGCAAGGUGUCCCUGCAGGUGCACCCGGACCGGGUGGGCGAGGGCGACAAGGAGGACGCCACCCGUCGCUUCCAGAUCCUCGGGAGAGUAUAUUCCGUUCUAAGUGACAAAGAGCAGAAAGCAGUGUACGAUGAGCAGGGAACAGUGGACGAGGAUUCUGAUGUGCUCAACCAAGAUCGGGACUGGGAGACGUAUUGGAGGUUACUCUUUAAAAAGAUAUCUCUAGAAGACAUUCAAGCUUUUGAAAAGACAUACAAAGGUUCUGAAGAAGAGCUGGCUGAUAUUAAACAGGCCUAUCUGGACUUCAAGGGCGACAUGGAUCAGAUUAUGGAGUCUGUGCUGUGUGUGCAGUACACAGAGGAACCCAGAAUAAGGAACAUAAUUCAGCAAGCCAUUGAUGCCGGAGAGGUCCCAUCCUUUAACGCCUUUGUCAAAGAAUCAAAGCGAAAGAUGAAUGCAAGGAAAAGGAGGGCUCAGGAGGAGGCUAAAGAAGCAGAAAAGAGCAGGAAGGAGUUGGGGCUUGAUGAAGGAGUAGAUAACUUGAAAGCAGUCAUUCAGAGCAGACAAAAGGAUCGGCAAAAGGAAAUGGACAGUUUUCUGGCUCAGAUGGAAGCAAAGUACUGCAAACCUUCCAAAGGAGGAGGGAAAAAAGCUGCUCUCAAGAAAGAAAAGAAAUAAUGGAAUUUUCUCUUCAGACAUCCUGAGGUGUUAAUUGGUGCCAUUGUAGGCAAGGUAGAGUCAAGAUUUGAAGACAAAAGUCAACCCAACCCUUGAGAAAAGUUGUCUUUCCCGCCUAAAUUAUUCAGAUCGACUAUGUAAACCAAGCAAAAUCUCUCAAUCUGAUCUUAGUGGAUCCUAGAAACCCCCUGACGUUCUGUGAGGUCCUUAUAUGAAGGACUUUGGUGGUGAUGGUUGAGGGAACAGGGGGAGGGUGGUUUACUUUCUGACAGCAUUUGCUUCUAUGGAUCUUCUGUACAAGGAACUCUGUCUAGAAUGCGAGUCUGUCUACACUGCCUUUAGCAGUUGUCAUUUUGCUGCACAGAAGUGAGCUGCAGAGUAUUCGGAGUGAUGUGCGUGUUUAUUAGAACAGGUACUCUACUAGCUGGAAUGCCUUCAAAACACUUGCUAGACAUCUAUCUUCCAAAUACUUGCCAGUUUGCUUUUGGUUUGCUUUAAUAUUCUUGAGUAGACCCUUUCUCUUUGUUUCACUCAACCAGAUUUUGUACUCUUGGCUUACAGUAUAGAAGAAACAGGUGGUCAGGUUACUUACAGCAUCUUUGUAAGAUUUACACAUGAUUCAAUAAACAAGUAAAAAAUGACUUAAGUUCUUUUUAAAUGAUCCCAGUGAUCAUUUAAAAUAUGAUCUAGAAAAAGUACGAAUGGUGUUUAGGAAGAGGAGAGAGAAGAAAAGUAGUCCUAGUCGGCGUUAUAGUAGACAGCCUGGUUUAAGUAGCAUAAAGAGAUGUUGUAGUCCUGCGUGUAACUACUGAACGUCCUUAGGCAGGUCACUAGCUUGUCUGAAUUUGUUUAUAAAAGGGUGAGGGACUUGGGCUAAAUGUCUUCUUAGAGGCCCCUUCUGACUCUUAACUCGAACUUUGAAAGGCAAGCCAUUUGAUCCAAUGGUUUGUUAUCAUGCACUCACAGUAUUGAUCUGUGAGACUAGUACCGAGAUUUUCACUUAUACUUAGUUGAAUUGGUAUGUAUUCAUUAGAAUAUAAGCAAAUUUUUAAGGGAUUGUUCAACUUAAAAUCUCUGAUUUGUAGGCUAAUAUAUUUAAUACCAUAUGCAUAAAACAAGCUUUCUGUUACUGAGUUUUAUGUAUCAUAAUUUAUCUAAGGUAAGUACAUGGCACGUUUUUUGUUUGUGAUUACAAACAGGUUAAAAAAUACUCUCUUUAAUUGUAUUAAAAAUAUCAUUUAAUGCA